GCCCCGCCACGGUGGGCUGUACAGGCUGGUGACGCCCGGACGACGUGAGACAGGCGGCAGAGCAGCCUCAGGUGGUGCGCCAGCGACGCUGUCUGGGGACAGACACGGACGGCGAGGACAGACGCGGUGAGCAGAUCGGUGAGCAGCAGCAGACGCCGUUGUCGUCAUGGGGUCCUCUCACCGAGGCACUCUCCAGCUGGCGUUCACAGUCCUCAGCGUGGUCGUCUUCGCUGUGGUGCUGUUCUUCAACUUCGCGGCCGGCUCCACGUCUCUAGGCAUUUUCAACCAAUCAACGGGUAACGUGUCGGACAAGUACCAAGUGUUCCUUACGCCACCUGGCUGGACUUUCAUCAUAUGGGGCGUCAUCUACAGCUGGAUGGCCGUCGCUCUCAUCUACGCGCUGAGCCAGCUGUGUAGGCGGACGGCGGCCGGCCCGGUCUACCUCAACCCGGCCACGCUCACCUCGCCCUUCUGGUUCUUCUUCAUCGUCAACCAGGCGCUCAACGUCGGCUGGCUCUUCAUCUGGGACCGGGAGCUGCUGACGGCGUCCGCCGUGGUCCUCUGCAUCGUGAUGAUCACCAACUGGCUGGUGAUGCUCAUCCUCCACAGAAGCCUGUACCUGUGCCGGGUGUCGCCCGAGCCGCCGACGCCGCGCGAGGUGUGGCUGCUGCGCCUCUGCGUGCACAACGGCCUGGCCGUGUACACCACCUGGACCACAGUGGCCGCUCUGAUCUCCAUCGACGUGGCACUCGUCUACGUGGGCGAGGCAUCUGACGAGCUGGUGACCUCGCUGCUGGCCGGACUGCUGGCCGCCGGCGCGCUGGCCUGGCUGCUGCUGGAGCUGACCGUGCUGGACAAGUACACCCGCUGGACCAUCAGCCCCGGCUUCGCGCUGCUCUGGGCGCUGACUGGCGUGUUUCAGAACAACUACUGGCGAGCCCCAGGCAGCACGCCGGCAAUGGUGGCCACGGCGCUGGGCGUGGCGUGCGUCACGCUGGCCGUGCGGCUGGCCGUGCUGGGCGUGCGCGUGCUGCGCGAGCGUGGCCGGGGCCAGAUGACCGUCUCCCUGCACAAGAUGUCCUCGCGCUAGUGCAGCCCGACCAGCCGGCCACGGCGCCGGGCUCGUCCCCGUCCGCCACGGCGCCGGUCAGAGGAGCGACGCCGGCUGGGUAGCGCGUGAUGUACGUGUUUGUCCUCCGAAGUGUCCCGACCGCGUCUACGGACCCGCCGACCGCGCCGGGGUCAGCCCCCCGCCCAUGGAGCGUCCGGUGGCUCAGUCACGCUCCCCCUGACUGGCGAGCGAGGAGCCCGGGCGGCGGAUCCAGCCGUGGCGAGAGGGCGCGGAGGGGCGGCCGCAGCGAACCGUCGGGUCGGGGCUUCUCUCCGCGGGGGUCGGCUGGAACGCGCCGUCCCCCGUGCUUCGCUUAUGUUCCUCAGACACGGGGAACAGCCCUCGGGCCACAAAUCGCCGAAUCCGGAGCUACAUUGCUGAUGUAAAAACGCCUAAUUGACACGGCCGCCCCCUGUUAAGUCCCUGGCAAGAUGAGGCGGACGCCACAUGCCAUGCCAUCGCCAAAGGAUGGGAGCGGCGCCGCAUGUCCCCGCCUCCCGACACAGCCGGCAGGGCGUCACGUUGUGUCGCCGGGCGAUCCUGUGUCGUCCGGCCGGGCAGGGUUUAGCGUCUCGUUGCUGACAGACUCGCGAGGGUCAGAUGAGGCCAGCCCCUGGACAUCGUUCGCCAGUGAAACCCGCCUUGUAACCUGUACGAUAUCUGCGGCGUUGGAGAUGGAUUUACAGCUUAUAAAUACAAAACACGAAACACGCAUCGU